AGCUGGAAUGACUUGACCAUUUGGCCCUGAAGGCUAAAAAAAGGAGCCCCUUGAGUUUUCAGCCACAAGCCUUCUGCAGCCUGGCCUCUGCAACUGAAAAACCCUUGUCCUCUGUCUCAGCCAGCCACACUACUGAAGUGAUCAGGGAAAAUAUGGCUGCAGAUUGGCUUGGAAGCAUUGUCUCAAUCAACUGUGGAGAGAGCCUGGGAGUCUAUCAGGGAAGAGUGUCUGCUGUGGAUCAGGUCAGCCAGACCAUCUCCUUAAAGCGGCCUUUCCAUAAUGGUGUUAAAUGUUUGGUACCAGAGGUCACCUUCAGGGCAGGUGACAUUACUGAACUGAAGAUCCUGGAGAUUCCAGGCCCUGGUGAUAAUGGGCAAUGUGGAGAUUUUCAACACACUGACCUUUGUAUUCCCGGCAUUGGAUGUCCAGUGGGUACCAGCCAGAAUGGCCCUGGCAAAUUGCUGAAGAAACCUGGUGCUUCUAGUAGUGCCCCACAGAAUAUCCCCAGGCGAACAGACGCUAAAAACCAGGAGGUUGCCAUUUCUCCCCAGCAGCAGCAAUGCUCCAAGAGCUAUAUGGACCGGCACAUGGAGUCCUUGAACCAAUCCAAAGGCUUUCGCCGGAGGCACAACUCAUGGUCCUCCAGUAGCCGCCAUCCAAACCAGGUGACUCCAAAGAAGAGUGGUGUGAAGAAUGGGCAGAUGAAGAACAAAGACGACGAGUGUUUUGGGGACGACAUUGAAGAAAUCCCAGAUACAGAUUUUGAUUUUGAAGGGAACCUGGCCCUCUUUGACAAGGCAGCUGUGUUUGAGGAGAUUGACACUUACGAGAGGAAGAGUGGGACUCGCUCAAGAGGCACUCCGAACGAGAGAUCUGCACGCUAUCGCCAUGAUGAGAAUAUCUUGGAAUCUGAGCCUAUCGUGUAUCGCAGAAUCACUGUGCCCCAGGCAAGCAAAGAAUUCUGCACUGACUCUGGGCUGGUCGUUCCAAGUAUCUCCUAUGAGCUUCACAAAAAACUUCUUUCGGUGGCAGAGAAAUAUGGGCUCACCCUUGAACGGAGACUGGAAAUGACGGGGGUAUGUGCCAGCCAGAUGGCCCUGAGUCUGCUCGGAGGGCCCAACAGGUUGAAUCCAAAAAACAUUCACCAGCGACCCACGGUUGCCUUGCUGUGUGGCCCUCACGUGAAGGGGGCCCAGGGAAUCAGUUGUGGCCGUCAUCUUUCCAAUCAUGAUGUGCAUGUCAUUCUCUUCCUUCCCAACUUUGUCAAGAUGCUGGAAUCGAUCACGAACGAGCUGACACUUUUCAGCAAGACCCAAGGCCAACAGGUGUCCAGUGUCAAAGAUCUUCCAGACUCACCAGUUGACUUGGUGAUAAACUGCUUGGAUUGCCAUGAAAAUGCCUUCCUGAGGGACCAGCCUUGGUACAAGGCUGCUGUAGACUGGGCCAACCAAAACAGAGCCCCCGUCCUCAGCCUGGACCCCCCGGUGAAUGACAUGGAGCAAGGGAUCGACGCCAAGUGGUCUCUGUCCCUGGGGCUGCCACUGCCCCUAGGUGAGAGGGCUGGGCGCGUGUACCUGUGUGACAUCGGCAUUCCACAGAAAGUCUUCCAGGAGGUGGGGAUAAACUACCACUCGCCUUUCGGCUGCAAGUUUGUCAUCCCUUUGCACUCUACCUAAAGUGGGGGUGGGGGGCAGGCUUUGGCCCCGAAGAGGAAAGUGGGGCAGAACUGCCUCGAACCGCACGACUGAUCCUGACCAUAUUAAAACUCUUUGAAGCCUUAAGGA